AUGCCUAGGCCAACAGCUGCAUUGCAGCAGUGGCUUAACCUUCGCCAAAAUCUCUCUCCAAAAUUCCCCGCCACGCUGAGCCCACGCGCGAACAACCUCCUCACGCCGCCAAAAUGUCUCGCCCUCACCAUCUCCCCCAAUGCCACCUUCACGUCGCAUCGGCCGUUUCACAGCACUCAGUAUAAAUCUGCUAAGCCCGGUCGCGGCUCUGCCAGACCAGCGCCUGCGCUAAGAAUGAAGAAGAGGAAUGAAGCUGCUCAACAGGCGCUAGCUCAGGCAAAUGGUGGCCCUGCAAACCCCAAGGGCCUGAAUAUGCGCGCUAUAGCGGGAGAUUAUGAGUCAAAGUUCGGAUGGUUCUGCACAGUGGCGGGGUCUGUUUACGAUGCGGCUGUUGCUGCUGGCCAUCUUCCGAACAUCAGUUUCCGCACAUUCGAGGACGUUUCUAUCAAGCUCUUCAAGGCGUCCUUGGAGGGUCGACCGAAUGCACAGGCAAUCCGGUCAAUUUCGACAGAUGUUGACGCCGUUUAUCGCAUUGGAUUUAUCUCCGCCGUUAAUGAUUACACAUUAUCCGAGUGGGUCAUUUCAUCAUGUGCGUUGGCAAAAUCACGCCAUGCGGUUGUUCUCACUCAGGGACGACUGAUCAAUUGGGCGAAGGUCCCUCCAACGACCGAAUGGACGACCUUGGUAAAGCAAUUUUCAGAUGAAGGGUUUCCCCCUGCGAUGGUCCUCCAAGCAAAGAUCCUCGGACUGCAUGGGCAAUAUAAAGAGGCUUUCAAGCUGAUGGAGGAGAGGGUCCUGCCGUAUCUCAAGCCAACACGCCGCAAGCCCGGUCUCUACACAGACAUCACUAUGACUCCGCUCAUUGAAUCUCCAUGGAGAGUAUAUGCGCUGCUCCAUGCAUCAUAUGACGACAAAUUCGACUCCCAGGACAGUCGACAGAAAGCAGACGAGGCAACCCGCAUCGCGGCGCUCGAGUACAAUGACAGCGCGGCAUUGGUCGAGUAUGCCUCUAUCAUGUUGAACGAGAAAAACUACGAUAAGUACGAGGAGUGCAUGUCCAAAGCUGCUACGCUCGGCAACCUAGAUGCCAUUCUGUACAUUGCCAACUUCUACUAUCUGACAUUCCAUGGCAAAUACCCCACGCAAGCGGAGAGAGUUGCCCUCUCCAAGGCCGACGCGAAGGGCCCGAAGUCACAUUCGACCCCGCCAGAACUUUCCUCCACUCCCGACACCAAACCCGACACCAAACCCAACGGCAACGUUCUCUCUUCAGCUAUUCAUUGGAUGUCUUCCUUUUUCAAUCAAUCUAUGUCCCGCGAGGAGUACCGCAAACUCGCGUUGGAGUGGUACAACCUGGGCAAUCACUUCCACAUCAAACCAUCGAUGUUUAUGUUGGCCUUGAUGGCUCGGGAGCAAGGAGAGGAUUUUGCUAGCGCCAUGGUGCUAGAAAUGGCAAAGCUGGAUGAAGAUCCGGAAUAUGCCGCGAAGAUCGAGGAGCUAAAGGAGAACUGGCAGGAUCCCAAUUAUGUGCCUAAGCUGUCCAGUAAGAUGCUGGCGGUGCGGUAG